AUGCCCUUCGGGGACAAUCGCUCGGAGGUGACAGAGUUCAUCCUGGUGGGCUUCUCGGGCUCGCUGGGCCUCCACGUGUGCCUGGUGGUGCUGUUCACGCUGGCCUACAUGCUGACCGUCACAGAGAACGUGGUCGUCGUCGCCGUGAUCCGGGUCAGCCCCCAGCUGCACAAGCCCAUGUAUGUCUUCCUCAGCAACCUGUCCUUCCUGGAGGUGUGGUACGUCUCCGUCACCGUGCCCAAGAUGCUGCUCAGCCUGGCGGAGCCCCAGUUCCGACACAUCUCCUUCACGGGCUGCAUGACGCAGCUGUAUUUCUUCCUGGCGCUGGCCUGCACCGAGUGCACGCUCCUGGGCGUCAUGGCCUAUGACCGCUACGUGGCCAUCUGCAGCCCCCUGCGCUACCCGGCCAUCAUGAGCCCCAGCCUCUGCAGCUUCCUGGCCGCCAGCUCCUGGCUCUCGGGCUUCACCGUCUCCCUGGGAAAGGUCUUCUUCAUCUCGCGCCUGGGCUACUGUGGCCCCAACGUCAUGAACCACUUCUUCUGUGACGUGUCCCCCCUGCUGAGCCUCGCGUGCUCCGACGUGUCCGUGGCGGAGCUGGUCGACUUCCUCCUGGCUCUGCUCAUCCUGCUGGGGCCGCUGCAGCUCACCAUCUUCUCGUAUGCCGCCAUCCUCGGCACCGUGCUGCGCAUCCCGUCCGCCGCCGGCCGGCGCAAGGCCUUCUCCACCUGUGCCUCGCACCUGGCCGUGGUGGUCAUCUUCUACUCCGCCUCCCUCUUCAUCUACGCCCGGCCACGCGCCAUCUACUCCUUUGACUUCAACAAGGUGGUGUCCGUGGUCUACACGGUGCUCACGCCCCUGCUCAACCCCAUCAUCUACUGCCUGCGGAACCAGGAGGUCAAGGAGGCCCUACGCAAGGCAGUGCAGAGGGUGGCCCAGGCCCUGGGUGCCCCGUCCUAG